GCCGGGCGGGCAGCGGAGCGGAGCGGAGCGGGGUGCGAGAGCCGGGCCGGCGGGGCAUGGCGGGCGGCGGGGCGCUGAAGGCGCUGCCCGCGCUGCUGCUGCUGCUGCUGGCGGCGGGCGCGCUGGGCAAGCCCACGGCGCGGCAGGAGCGGGCCCGGCCCGGGGCCGCGCAGCACGAGGACCGGCCCGGCUUCCAGUACGACCACGAGGCCUUCCUGGGCAAGGAGGAGGCGCGGAGCUUCGACCAGCUCAGCCCGGAGGAGAGCCGAGAGCGCCUGGGGAAGAUUGUGGAUAGAAUAGAUGACGACAAAGAUGGCUAUAUCACAACAGAGGAAUUAAAAACCUGGAUUAAACGAGUACAGAAACGCUACAUCUAUGAAAAUGUGGCUAAAGUUUGGAAAGACUAUGAUCUAAACAAGGAUGAUAAAAUUGCCUGGGAAGAAUACAAACAAGCCACAUAUGGUUAUUAUCUAGAAAAUCCAGAAGAAUUCCAAGAUGCGACUGAUCAGCACAGUUUUAAAAAAAUGCUGCCCAGAGAUGAAAGACGAUUCAAAGCUGCAGAUCUGGAUGGAGACUUGGCUGCCACUCGUGAAGAGUUCACUGCUUUCCUGCACCCAGAGGAGUUUGAGCACAUGAAAAACAUUGUUGUCUUAGAAACCUUAGAAGACAUAGACAAAAACGAGGAUGGUUUUGUGGAUCAAGAUGAGUACAUUGCUGAUAUGUUUGCGAAUGAAGAGGGUGGACCAGAGCCCGACUGGGUGAUUACAGAGCGUGAGCAGUUUUCAGAUUUUCGUGAUCUCAACAAGGAUGGAAAGAUGGACAAAGAUGAGAUCCAGCACUGGAUCCUCCCCCAGGACUAUGACCAUGCACUAGCUGAAGCCAGGCACUUAGUCUACGAAUCUGAUGUAGACAAGGAUCAAAAACUAACGAAAGAGGAGGUUCUAGACAACUGGAAUAUGUUUGUUGGAAGUCAAGCUACUAAUUAUGGGGAGGACCUCACAAGAAACCAUGAUGAGUUAUGAUACAGUGUGCCAACCAGUGUGCCACACAUCUUUUCUCCACCUUACUGAAAUCACUGUGUCCAUCCCCUCCUGGAGGGAAGAUGGGCAAGGGACACUCACAACUGAAUGACUUGCGUUAAUAUUAUUUUUAACAUGCCAGCUUAUUACCUCAGAAACCACCUAGAAAUAGAUUUUUUACUCCUUUCACAUGGUUAAAUACAAUCUAUAGUUACUACAGUUUUAUUUUUGAAAAAAUUAAGAAGGUAACUUUUCUGAAUAGGUUAGAGCCUGACAUGGAAAAGGCACUUCUAAAAACAUUGCAAAAAUCUUUAAUAGCCAAGUGUUUUCUUCAAAUACCCACUUUUGCCAUAGUGAAAUGCACCUAGGAUUAGCACCCUAAUGUUUAAGCAGACUUAAGUUAUUUAGUUGUCUUUUCUACUAGCAUGUAACAGUUUAGAGGUAACCCUUUGAGCCUCCUGCCCAGAGAAGAGUUUGAUACCAGCUUUGUCUCCACACGGUUUCUGUGUGCCAGUUGGGUCAGUGCUGCUGCAGGAGUGUCCAGCAGCCCCCUGGCUCCUGCUUCAAUGUGCAAAUGCACAGGUGGCCUUGUCCCUGACCCUGGCAUUCCCAGCCAGGGAUGCAGAGUCCAGCCUGGCAGCUGCUCCUUCCACAACAGGGUAAUGUACAUCUGUUUGUGGGCCCUUGGCCUUGCUGCUUCCUGGGAGGAAUUGUGCCACAUGGAGCAUAAUUUAUCUCCUGCUUUUCACACUUUACCCCAGCCCUGCUCUUGUUCACGCAGUGUGAAUGGCAGCAGCUCUGUGAUGGAGAAGGAAUGAGACAUAUCACCCCUCUGGGCCUUCUGUCUCCUCUGCCACUACGAGGACAGAUUCUUGUGGCUGAAGUUCUGGGUUUGUGUGUAUAUACCUAUAAGUACAUGUUACUGAAGCAACUCUAAAGACAGCUCUCCUUCCAAACAAGGGGGAAGCUUUCCACAUAGGUGCUUUAUUUUUUACUGUAUAAUGUGAUUUGUUACAUGUAUAUUUUUAUAUAACCGACUUCUCUAAGUUUGGUUGUUUUUAACUGUACUGGUUUUAAAAGAAGCACAAUAAAACCAAUACUUCUUUUUGAUACUGUGAAGGUGCAAUAACACUAAUACAGGUUAGCAGAGAGAUGAUGUGAAAACACAAACCAAGCCUCUAAAGCCAGUAGUUCCCAAAGCACUGGGAUGGUCAUUUCUAAAAGCAUCUGGACAUACAACCCCAACUGUUCUUUGUCACCUCAUUAAAUAAAAAGAAAAGCCAAAAA